GAGGAGGGGGUGGAGGAGGAGGAGGAGGAGGAGGAGGUGGCUGCGGGAUUCCGUCUGGUUCCGUAGGCUGGAGGAGAGCCGAGGGAGGACACCACUACAUCGGGCCGGGGCACCGGCGGGCUGUGGGCCGCAUUGGAGACAAUACCCGGGAGCUGUGAGCCCCUCUUCCCACCAGCAGGAUGGUCAUGGCGUAUUUCCUGGAUAAUUUCUGGGGGGAAAAGAAUAAUGGCUUUGAUAUCCUUUACCAUAACAUGAAACAUGGGCAGAUAUCAACCAAGGAGCUGUCAGAGUUCAUACGAGAGAGAUCCUCAAUAGAAGAGGCAUACUCCAGAUCAAUGACAAAGCUUGCCAAGUCUACCAGCAACUGUACACAACUCGGAACAUUUGGGCCAGUUUGGGAUGUCUUUAAAACAUCAACGGAAAAGCUCGCCACCUGUCAUCUAGAACUUGUAAAAAAAUUGCAGGACCUUAUUAAAGAUCUUCAGAAAUAUGGAGAAGAGCAGCUGAAAGCACAUAAGAAGACGAAGGAGGAAGUAUCUGGAACCUUGGAGGCCGUACAGAACAUCCAGAGUAUUACACAAUCGCUGCAAAAAGCCAAGGAACUUUACAACAUCAAAUGUGUGGAACAUGAGCGGUUGAAGAAGGAAGGAGCAGCUCCGAAAGAGAUAGAGAAGGCUGCAAUAAAAGCAAAAAAAGCCACAGAGAGCUAUAAGACCUGUGUAGAGAAAUAUGCUGCUGUUAAAUCUGACUUUGAACAGAAGAUGGCGGAGACUGCUCAGAAGUUUCAGGACAUUGAAGAGGCACAUCUUGUUCGGGUGAAAGAGAUCAUUGGCUGCUUCUCCCAUUCUGUUAGUGAGGUCCAUAUUCAGAUAGGCCAGGUUCAUGAAGACUUUAUAAAUAACAUGGAGAACAUCACGGUGGAUAGUUUACUGGAGAGGUUUGCAGAGUCGAAGGGCACUGGGAAGGAAAGACCCGGCCCCAUUGAAUUUGAAGAGUGCAAUGCAGCGGUUGCGGUAGAAGGGGUAAAGCAGAAGAAAAGAAAGACUUUUGGACUUCCAACUAAAAUGAAAAAGAAGGAUGACCCAGAGCCUGGGGAGAAUGCUGAUGCUGAUUCCAUUAACCUCCCUGCUGUUGAUGAAGAGGGAUUCAGUAUAAAGCCUGAAGAAAACCAGAAUGAUACCAAAGAAAAUCACUUUUACUCAUCGAGUGAUUCUGACUCAGACGAUGAUGGACCGAAGAAAUUCCAUGUGGAGAUUAAACCUGUACAGCCAAACAAUGGACCUCAUCACAAUGUGGCCUCCCUGGAUGAGCUGAAGAUGUCCAUUGGGAAUAUCUCCCUCUCUCCAGCACCUUCUCGACAAAGUCCGGCACAAAUGACACGGAAUAUGUCAAGUGAAGAGAUGACAAAGAUGAAAAUGUCUGGAACUAUUGACAGAGUUAACAGUGAUCUCCUAGCCUGGGAUCCGUUGUUUGGAAGCUCAGUGGAAUCAUCCUCUAUAUCCUCCUCCAGUUCUACAGUGUCACCACCAGCACGUCCCACUACACCACUUUCCGUUGGCACAAUAGUCCCCCCACCAAGACCUCCAUCAAGACCAAAGCUUUCUGCUAGCAAGCUUAGCGGUAUUAAUGAAGUACCAAGGCCCUUCAGCCCUCCGGUUACAUCUAACACUAGUCCACCUCCUUCUGCUGCUUUACCUCGUGCUGAAAGUUCAUCCUCUAUAUCCUCUUCCACUUCAAUAAGUGCAGCAAAUACUCCCACAUUUGGUAUAUCCCGUGGCCCCAGCCCUGUUACCUUAGGAAGUCAAGAUACAUUACCUGUUGCUGUGGCACUUUCUGAAUCUGUUAACGCAUACUUCAAAGGUGCUGAUCCUGCAAAGUGCAUUGUGAAGAUAACUGGAGACAUGACAGUGUCCUUUCCAACUGGGAUCAUAAAGGUGUUCACAAGUAACCCAUCUCCAGCAGUGCUCUGCUUCAGGCUAAAGAACACCAGCAAGCUUGAGCAGAUUCUACCAAAUACACAAUUGUUAUACAGUGAUCCAUCACAAAGUGACAACAACUGUAGAGACUUCUGGAUGAAUAUGCAAGCAGUUACUGCCUACCUCAAGAAGUCUUCUGAGCAGAACCCGUCUGCCUCCUAUUAUAAUGUCGACAUCUUGAAAUAUCAGGUGUCAUCAAAUGGCAUCCAGUCCACUCCACUCAACCUCGCCACCUACUGGAAGUGUAAUGCUAACACUACUGAUGUUAGACUGGAUUACAAAUAUAACCCAGAAUCUAUGGCAAUGCCCAGUGCAUUAUCGAACAUCCAGGUUGUGGUUCCAGUGGAUGGAGGUGUCACAAACAUGCAGUCUAUUCCCACUGCAGUAUGGAAUGCAGAACAGAUGAAAGCCUUUUGGAAAAUAUCUGUGAUUUCAGAAAAGUCAGAAAAUGGAGGAUCAGGAUCACUCAGGGCAAAAUUUGAUGUAUCAGAGGGGCCUAGUACCCCUAGCACGCUGGCUGUACAGUUCAUGAGUGAUGGAAGCACCUUGUCUGGAGUGGAUAUUGAGCUUGUUGGAACAGGCUAUCGUCUUUCUUUGGUGAAGAAGAGGUUUGGCACAGGAAAAUACAUGGCCGACUGUUGAUUUUAAAUUUUUUUAUUUUUUUUAAAUCAUGGGAUGUAAGAAAACUGCUUUCCUGUUAAUUUAUCGGAAAUUUUCCAAAUGCUGUUUUAAUUAUAGAUUUAUAUAUAUAUAUUUUUAAUUUUUGACUUGUUCAGAAGGUAUUUCUAUAUCGCUGCCAACUACAAAGCAUAAAAAUGCACUUUUUAGGAGUCAUUUUGUGGAAUAUCUAUAAGACAUUGUUGUAGCACUGAAGUUUUCUGCAGUCAUGGUUAAGUGUCCGUCCUUUGAAAAGAAAAAAAAAUUAAAAAAAUGGCAAAUUCUGUGUAUUUGUAUAAAAGUCCACACUUUUCCUAUCCAAAUAGCCAUUUUUUAUCACAAAAGACUACAUUGUUACAUUUGAUAAUUUCAGAAAUUGCAAGAGCAAUCAGACUACAUAUAUACAGUGUUUUAUACCCCUGUAAAUGGUCCACUACAAAGAUUUCCCUUUUUUAAAGCCCAAUUCUCCAAUUCAGGGUAUAGUUUUCCUUCCACUUCAGCUUGGACCCCUAACCCACAUUCGGUGGACGCAGCCAUUAUUUUGACUGGUCUAGUAAGUGUAUAUUGACUAAAUUAUUUGCUACGACAAAACUUGCCAGUUUCUUAUAAAAACAAUAGCUGCUUUAAUUGUGUGUAGGUGCAAAAUCCAUAAACAAACUUAUACGUAUAUGUCCAUGAUCCCUCAUUAUUUAAAGGGACGUGUUUUUUUAUAUUGACAAAGCUUCCGGUUUGUAUACUUUUUACCAUAAAUCAUAUUUUAAUUUUUAUUUUAUGACUAAUUUCAAUGAAAGUGCAAUUACAGAAAAACAAAAUAAGACAACAUGAAUUUUCCUUUCCUAUUAGCGAUCACUCUUUCAGGCAAUGCAAUUUUGUUAUGUUUGAACAUCUGUGCCUUUCCCGAUCAGGUUCUAUUAACCUUUACUUCCAUUGUACACUAUAGAAAUCGGUGGUUGACAGCCUGUGGCUCUCCAGUUAUUGUGAUCCUCCAACUUAAAGGGCUAGUUUAUUGUCAUGUAUGCAAACUUCCAAAUGCCACGGAUAGACCUCAGUGUGCCGGUUUGUAGGGCUAGAUGUCAAACAACUGUUUUAUUUUACAUGCUUUAUUUUGGGGGAUUAUUAUAUAUAUUCGUAUUUUGUAUUUACCCAAAGAUCCACAGGUGUAAUGUAUAGUCUAGAAGUGGGGGGCAGGGAAACUAGUGAUAUGUCAUACAAAAAUUGUCUUUGCUGUUGAAAAACUGCCACAUAUACUAGGGUAUGGACAUGCCCCUGCAUUGUCACAUUUUGUUUAAGCCAUUCAUUUACUUGGUAUAAGUUAAACCCUAACCACUUAAAACCUAAAGAUGUUCUUCAACUGGGUCCUCACUGGAGAGGGAGGGGCUGAAUUAGAGUGUGAAGACCCUCCCAAAAAGCUUUCCAUAUCUAAUAUCAGACCAAGAGUCAGUCCUAAAUUGUUAGCGGGGCUUGGCUUUAGUUCACCUUAUCUUUAUAUGGAGAGGCUUUCUUGGAACAAUUUUUCAUUUCCACUUAUUUGUAUUAAGAUUGCUUGUUUCCACCCUUUCUCCGUUAGAAAUGAGCACAUAUAUAACACUAAUAAGAAUAUUUGCAGAUAUGGCUGAGUCCCUCAUUUUGUUUGUAAAACGGAGGCUGCACAACAUAUGUUUGUGAUGAGUUCUACAGCUUUCUUUCUUUGGAUUGCUUUUAAAAGGAAUCUCCACUGCCCCAGCGUUCGGAACAUUUUGUUCCUGACACCUGGAGCGGGCGGCGGGGGUCGUGACGUCACGCCACACUUCUCAAUGCAAGUCUAUGGGAGGGGGGCGUGGCGUCGCCACGCCCCCUCCCAUAGACUUGCAUUGAGGGUGUGUGGUGUGACAUCACAAGGGGCAUAGCUGUGAUGUCACGACACCCACACCCAGCGUUCUAAACGAAUGCUGGCUGUUGCACAGAGAUCGCGUGGUUCCCAGCUGUGGGGCCCCCGCAAUCUGACCUCUUAUCCCCUAUCCUUUGGAUAGUGCAUAAGAAGUCUUGGUGCGGAGUACCCAUUCAAAGCGGUAUUCCAUCUUGUGAUGGUAUAUUGUUAGAAUCUGCAUCCAAUUAUGAUCACUAAGGGUCCCAUCUUUGGGACCCUUAGCAAACAUUGUGUGGGAUGCAGUGCUAUACCAGAACAAUGUAUAGCACUGCAUCCCCCACACUGUUUGUUCACUCUGCAGCAUUGUCACUCACUAAGCAGGGAAGUGCAGUGUGGCCCUAAUAAAGUCAAUGAGGCUGGCUUUGGAGGACACAUCUAUGUAUUACAUGGCAAGCCCAUUGGUUUCUCUGGGCACUGUGUAAUGCUUCAUUUGUCCUGUGGUGGUGUUGGAAUAAAGUUGAACACUUGCUGACAGGUUCUUCAGCACAUCAGUGUAUUGCUGGUGAUCCCAUUAGUGGGAAAUGCUGUAGUCCGCUUAGGUAAUGGUUCAUGCUAAAAGUCAGGCAACAUAGACACAUGCAGACCUGGCAAAGCCUAUUUAAGUCUAUCAGCUAUGCAAACUAUUCUAGUAGCUUAGCUUUAAAAGGGUUGUACUCCGGCAGAAUAUAGAAAACAAAAACAUGUCUGCCUGCUUAAACAAACCAAAUUCUGCCACACUCCCCUGGCUCCUUCAGUAUUGCUGCUCCCAGUCUAUGCCACACUCCUCUUUCUGAUGCUGGGGGGGGGGUCAAUAGUCCAAUCACUGGCUGAGGCAGUACAACAAUGCGGCCAGUGUCUGGGAUCAAUAUGCUAAAUAAAUGCUCAACCAAACACCUGGGAAGUAGAGUGUGGCAGAGACCAGGAGCAGUGCGGGAGGUAAGUACAGGUUCUCCUUGUUUUUUGUUUAAGCCAAGUUUGUAAAUGUAUGUAGAAUGUUUGUGUAUGUAUAUGCAUAUACAUUUUUUUUACUGUUUAUUUCUGCCGGAGUACCCUGUUAACUUAUGUACAGUUCUGGUCUUGAGGGGGUGGUAAAUGAUACUGGUGUACUCUUUUUAGUGUUCUCUGAAUGCCAUGUCAUGCAUCACCCCCUUAUGCUGUGCUCCAGGCAAAACACACUGUAUAGAUGAAUUAACUAGUCUCCAAUCAAACAGGUUUUAAGGAGAACUCAUGAUAAAUAUGUGGUAAGUUUUAUGAUACUUUUAAAUGUUAACAUUUUAUUAAACUUGUUUCUUGUAUUAAAAGAAAAUCCUCAACAUUAUAAAUGAAUGACUCAGUACAGUACUCAAUUUUAUAUGUAACUUGAACCACCGCUCUGACUGUAUAUUCUGCAGAUGUUUAACCAAAGUUACUCUAUAAUACAGUAUACAGUGCAUACGUUACCGGUUAAGACUUCUACUACUAAGCAAUAACACUUCUUACCAUUACACACUAUUUAAUGUGCUCUUAGCAAUAUAACAAGCAAUACAUGUGUGAAGGGCAAUGCAUUUAUUAGGCCUUUUUAUGCUACAGUUUGGGAAGCUAAUGACACUUUUGGUUCUCUAUUGUAAUCUGUUUUUCCACUCUGACCUUUAACUAUCUGGAUUAAUAGUUUUUUUUUUCUGCAAAAAUACAAAGCAGAACUAUAUAAACCUAGUCAUAUAUAUAUACAUUUUAGCACUUUUAAUCAUACAUAAUCAAAAAUGUAUUUGUUGUAAGAGCAGGUUACAAUACUGAAGCCAUACAGAUUUAUAUGAAUGAAAUAAAUUUGAAUCUCCAGGUUGAUGCUGGUAUCUGCCAAAUGUCGUGUUUUGUUUAGCGAGCUGGCUCUUGCUUUUGUACACAGUUCUAUCCUUGUAGCUGCCUCUUGUGUAGAUGACUUUGUAAACACUGAAAGAUUAAAGUAAACCUGAAUUUUUAUGGAAUGUUCUUACUUUUGAUUGUAAAUUAAAAACAAAACAAGUUUUAUCUUACAAAAAAAAUAUGUAAAUGUAAAUAUUUUUUUUUUCGUUUUUCUUUUCAUAAUGUAAAUUUUACAAAUUAUGUUGCAUCUGUAAUAAACGUGUAAUA